AUGAAAACGUCUAGUAGUAUAAAUUCAUUUAACUUACAUGAAAAUGAGAUAAAAUUGUUACAAAAAAAUAAAAUAUCUAUUGACUGUAUAAAAAAUAAAUACAAAAAUAGCAAAAAUUUAAAUUAUAUUGACAGAGUUAAAAAUUAUAAAGAAGAGAAAAAAGAAGAAAAAGUUAAAGAAGAAACUGAUAUAGAAACUGAGGUAGAAAAAGAAAAAAAAAUAGUAAAUAGUGAUAACGUAAUUUUAAGUGAGAACAACCUUAAUAAACCUAUAGAAUAUUCUAUAAACAAUGAAAAUAGUUUUAUCGACAAAUAUAAAAAUACAAAUACAAAAGAUAUAGAUUCAAAUAAUGCAGUUAGACAUGAUAUAAAUAAUACAUCGUUAAAAAACAAGUUAAAAAACGUUAACAAAGAUAGUAAAUUCACAACAAAUAAAAAUUAUGAUUUAAUAAAUAAUGCAAAAAAUAAAGAAUACUCUAUCUUUAAAAAUGAUAAUAGUAGUAGUAUUAAUGAUAAACAUAAUAUUAAUACAUUAAGCAGAAAUUAUAAUGAUAACAAUAGUUCUAAGAGAAAGUUUUAUACACUUGAAAAAUUAAAUAAAAAUAGGCAUGCAAAUUUAGAAAUGUAUGAAUCAGUGUAUAACUCUAAUAAAAAACACACCCUCAGGAGACAGAAUUCAGAAAAUAUUCAUAGUUCUUCUAGCACGAAUUCUAAAGAAAAAUAUAAUGGCAAUAAUAUUCCCAAAGAUAGUGAUAAUAUAAAUAAAGAAGAAAAGAAAAUGAAUAACUAUGAAUUAUACAAAAAUAAUAUGAAUAAUGGAGAUUAUUUAAGUAAUUUAAAAGGAGCUAAUAUUAAAAACAUGUUCUUUCGGAGCGACGAUAAAAAUAACAGUGAUGAAAAUAAAGAAAAAAAUUUUCCAUAUGGUAAUAGAAAUUAUAAAGACAAUAUAAAUAAUCAUGAAAAUUUAUAUAAAGGUAAUAUUAGAUAUAAUUCUACAACAACUAGUGAAUUUCCAAGAAAUAAUAACACAAAUAAAAUAGAUGUAAAUUUGUUAUAUAAUAAUGAUAUAGAACAAUUGAAUACUAAUGCAUCUGUUUAUAAUGAUACAAAUAAAUUAAAUGAUUUACAAGAGAAAUAUAAAAAUAAUUUCUUUUUUGAAAAAGGUUACACGAAUUUAAAUGAUGCCAAAGAAAAAGAAAACAAUAAAAUAAAAAAUGAUACUAUAUUCUCUAAUAAUGUAAUGUAUAAUGAAAAUAAUUCAAAAAAUGAAUUGAGAAGUAAUUUUAUAAACAGUUUAAUAAAUAAUAGGAACAUGAAGGAAAAUUUUAUAAACGAAAAAAAAAAUUCAAAUGAAAAAGAAUUAGACAUGUAUAACAAAUUAAAUUAUAACAAUGAUACAAAUAAGUCUGAUAGCGCAAAUGAUAUGAAUAAUAAAAAGAAAAAAAUUUUGGAAAAUUUAAUGAAUAUAAAUAAAAACAAUGAUGAAGAUAAAAGUUUAACUGGUUUUAAUUUUAAUAAUAUAAAAAAUAAUUAUAUGGAUAAUUUUUAUAAAAAUAAAAAUGCAAUAAAUAUGGAAUAUAAAAAUUCUCAUAAACGUUCUAGUUCAAGCAAUGUAAAUUUAGGAAAGCACGAUAUAGAAAAAUAUAAUAAUUAUUUAAACUAUGUGGAUGAUACGGAAACUAAAUUAACUUAUAAAGAAAGAGAACCGAUAAAUAUUUUAGGUUAUGAAAAAUAUUUACAGUUAAGAAAUGACAAUAAUGAUAAUUUUUACAAAAAUAAAAUAAAUAAUUUAAACAUUAAUGAUUUAAAUAAGAAUAGUUAUAAUAGCGCUUUAAUUAAUAAUAAUACAACAUCGAAAAAUAACAAUGAUUUAACAAACAUAGGAAAUAUUGAUUUGAAUGAAUUAAAAAAAAAGCAUAUAAAUAAUUAUAAUAAUUCAGAAAAAGAAACAAAAAAUUUAAGUAAAAAAGAGACAUUUUUUGAUGAUAAAAAUGAGAAUUAUAAUCUUAAUAUUAUAAAUGAAAAAAAUAAUAUUCAACCUCUAAUAAGUAAUUAUGAAGAUUUAUUUUCUUUUGACAAAAAUAUAAGAAAAAAAAAUGAUUUUAAAAAUAUUGUAUGUGUAUGUCAAGCAAGUAAGCAGAUGGCUCGACUGCAAAUUCAUAUGGAAGAGAAUAGACAAAUGCUAGAAACGGAAAAAAAUCUAUUAAAGAAAAGAAAGGAUAAUUUUGAAAAGAAAGUAGAAAUGUUAGCAGAGAAAGAAAAAGAAGUUGAAAAAAUUCAUUUGCAAAUUAAAGAAAAAGAGAUGACAGUAGAAAAAAAAAAAAGUGAAAUUGAAGAAAAGGAAAAAUAUGUAAAUGCUAUUAAAAAUAAAUAUGACAACGCUCAGAAGGAACUUUUAGAUAAAAUGAACGAAUGUAUUACUAUUGAAAAUAAAUGUAAAAGUAAAUUAUAUGAAUACGAUGAAAAAUUUGGCCAAUUUAAUAAGAAAAUAAAGGAAAUGGAAGAAAGAGAAAAAGAAAUAGAAAACGAAAGGAAAAAUAUAGAAAGGAAAGAAAAAAUGUUAAAUAAUAAUAAAAAAGAAUUAGAAGAAGAAAAACUAGUAAUUAUGAAAGAAAAGAAUGAACUUGAAAUGUUAAAAAAAGAAUUAGAAUCUUUAGAAAAAGAAAAAAAGAAAAUCAUUGAAAGCGAAUAUAAUAAUUUGCAAAAUAGGGAAGAAGAAAUAAGAAGAAAUGAACGAAAUAAUCUUAUUAAAGAAAAAGAAUUAAAAAGUAAAAUUGAUAGGUAUAAUGAUUUAAUUGAUGAACUGAAUAAAAAUAAGAAGGAGCUUGAAAAGGAUAAAAUUAAAUUAUUUGAUGAUUUGCAAGAAGAAAGAUUAAAAUACUUGAAUGAUAAAAAGCAAUUUCAGAUAGAAAUGGAGCAUGAAAAAAAUAAUUUAAAAAAGGAAAAGGAAAACGAAGUAAAUUAUAUGAAGGAAGAAUUAAAAAAAGAAAGGGUUUUAAUGCUUGAAGAUAUAGAAAGAAUGAAAUUAAUUAUGUUAGAAGACAUAGAAAAUAGGAAAAAUUUAAUGUUAGAAAAUAUUGAAAAAGAAAAGAAAGCAUUAAAAGAAGAACUAGAAAAUGAAAAAACAAUAAUGAAAAAAAAUUUAGAGGAAGAGAAAGAAAAAUUUAAAAAUUUAGUUGAACAAAAGUACAAAGAAAAUUAUGAAAAUGAUAAAUCUUUAUUAGAAAAAAAAUAUGAAGAGGAAAAUAACAAAUUACAUAAUGAAAUUGGAAGUGAAAAAAAAAAACUAAUUAAAGAUAGAGAUAAUUUUGAGCAACAAAAAAAAAUAUACGAAGAAGAAUUUAGAAACAAAUGUGAAAAGUACGAAAACAGUAUUCAAAAAAAAUAUGAAAUAUUGGAAGAUGAUAAAAAUAAAAUGAAAUACCUUAUAAUGAAAGAACAAGAAGAAUUAGAAAAUUAUAAGAAGACUGUUUAUUUAGAUAUAGAAGAAGAAAAAGAGAAAUUGUAUGUUCAGCAAGAAAAGUUAAAUUUAGAAAAAGAAAAUUUAUUAGUUGAGAAGGAACAAAUUGAAAUAGAAUUAAAAAAUUAUAAGAACUUCAAAGAAAAAGAAGAAAACGAUAUAAAAAUUCGUAUUAUAAAUUUAUCACAGCAACAAGAAGAUUUAAAUAAAGAGAAAGAAAAUUUAGAAAAAGAAAAAGAAGAGUUAGAAAAGAAAAAAUAUGAUUUAGAUGAAAAAGAAGAAAGUUUAAAUAAUGACAAAAAUCAAAUAGAAGAAUCACGUAAAAUAUUUGAUGAACAAUUAGAAAAAAUUAAAAAAAAUAAGGAGGAAUUAUUAAAUUAUGAUAAAGAAUUGAAAACAAGAGAAAUAAAUUUAAUUGAAAAAGAAAAAGAAUAUAAUAAAAAAGAAGAUGAUUCAAAUAAGAAAAGAGAGUCAUUAAAUAUAUUUGAUAAUGAACUUAAAGAAUACAGUGCAAAGUUGCAAGCUAGAGAAAAGAAACUUAGAGAAAAAAAAAAUGAAUUACAAAAGGUUAAAGAUCAACUAGUUAAUUACAAAAAUAGUUUAAAGCAAAAAGAAUUACAAUUUCAAAUGAUGGAAAAGCGAGAAAAGGAGUUAUUGGAUGAGCAAACUUUAAUUCAAAUUGAUAGAAAUAGCUUAGAAGCAGAAAAGAAGCAAUUUAUCUUAAUGAAGGAAAAACAUGAAAAAGACACUGAAUUUAUACAAGAACAAUUAAAAUUAUUACAUGAACAGUUAAAAAAUAAAGAAAAAUCUCUUAAAGAGAAAGAGAAUGAAAUAAAUUUACUAAAUAAAUUGCAAGAUUGCAGAAAUAAAGGGGGAAAGGGAACUAUAAUAUCAUUAAAAAAUCUAGAUAAUAAAAUGCUAAGCUCAAAUAUAUCUAGAGCGAGUCAUUCUAGAAAUAAAGUAAAAGUUAAAAUUAUUGGAAAAAAUAAGCUAGAUGUAAUAAAAAGAAGGAAUAGGAAAAAAAGUAUAAAUUUUAAUUACAAUAAUCUUGAAAUUAAUAAUAGUAUUCAAUAUAUAGAUAGCAUGAUAAAUGAGAAUUUCAAAAAUAAAGCUUUUUUAAAAUAUAAUAAUGAUAAUUUAGUAUUGUCAGAUGCAAACUUUUCAACUGAUAAAGUGAACAAUGAAACAUACAAUCGUUCACCAACUAAAAUAAAUAAUACAUCGGAACCUAAAUACUUGAAUGAUAAAGCAUCAAGCUAUAAUGAUAAUUCAGAAAAAAUAAAUGGGAUAUAUAAUACAAAUGAUAAAAAUAAUUAUAAUAAUAAUAUUUCAAAUAAUUCCAGGAAAAAUUUAAUGGAUUAUGCAAUUAAUGCAAAUAAUGAUUCAGGAAAUACUAUUACUACUACUAAUAAUAAUAAUGAAAAUAAUUCAAACAGGAGCUAUAUGAAUAGGAAUAAUAAUGAUGGUAUGAAAGAUCAUUGCAAUAAUAAUAAGGAUACUAAUAAUUAUAAAAAUAAUUUUAAUGAUUUAAAUGACAAAUCUAGAAAUAACUUUGAGAAUAAUUCAUACAAGCAAAUUCAAAAGUACAGUAUGAACAAUGAUGAUUUUUCAAAAAAUAAAAAUUUUAUGAAUGAAAUCUCUAUUGAAAAUAUGACAAAUUAUAAUAAAAGAGAAAAUAAUAAUAACGAUGUAAAUGAAUAUUUAAAUAAUUAUAAUAAUGAAAAUGAUAAUAGAAAUUAUAAUGUACAUAAUAAUAGAAACGAUAAAAAAAAUAUAGAAAACGUUAUUUCAUACAAUAAUAACACAAAUGAAAAAAAAAAUAGCAAUUUAAUUAUAUUGAAUAACAAUAGUAAUAAUGAGUAUAAUUAUUCAAAUAAUAUUAAAAGCAUAAAUAGCUAUGAGAACGAUUUUCGAGAAGAAAUAAAUAUUCCAUAUCAUGAUGAAAAUAAGGAUAAUAAAAAAUAUAAUAGACAAAAUAAAGAGUAUAUAAAUAAUAAUAAAAAAAAUGACUUUAGUUCUAAUAAUUUAUAUAAUAAUAGUUAUAAUAUAAAUAAUUUAAGUACCAAUAUUAAAAUGGGUAAUAGUAAUUUUGAUACGUCAAGUUUAAAAAAUAAUUCAGGUAGUGAUUUUAAAGAAAAAAAGGAGCAUGAAAAUAACAUGUUAUCAUCAUUAAAUGUAAAUAAUUUAAUAGAAUCCGAUAUAAUUGAUAUAAAAAGCAAUUAUGAAUACUAUGCUGACAAGCAAAAUAAUAAAUACGACGAUAUGAAAUCAGUGAAUCCUGAUCAAAAAGAUAAAGCAAUGUUAGAAUAUGAUCAUUUUAUAGAAAAUGACAUAGAUCAUGAUGUUUUAUCUAUAGAUAAUAUAAAUAAGAACAUUAAUUAUAUUAAUAAUAAUGUAGAUAAUAUAAAUAAUAAUAUAAAUAACAUAAAAGAUAAUAUUCAUAAAAUAAAUAGCAAUGUGCAUAACAAUGAUAUUCCUAAUAAGAGCAAUGAUAAUGAUAAAAUAUUAAAGAAAAAUAAAAAAAAUGAAGCAUCUUUGAAUAAAAUUGAUAAUUUAGUAAAUAAAAAUAUGCAAUCAAUAAAUCAUUUAUCAUCAUUAAUACAAAACACAAAAAAUAAAAAUAUUCCAUUAAAUCAGUUAAAUAACAAUUUUAAGAAUUACAAUUCAUUAAAAAUGAACAAAAAAAAUAAUAAUGAUAAUUUUUUUAAUGGUGAUGAUUCAUUAAAAAAGGAAAGCAAUUUUAAUGAAUUUUUAGAGGAUAUAAAUUCUGAAAAGUAUUUCAAUUCUAAACUGAGUCAAAAAUUAGAUGAUAACUUUUAUUAUAAUAUUGAUAAAUCUUUGCAAAAUAAAAAUUUAACAGAUACAUAUGAAUAUAAGGAUAUAUGCGAUAAUAAAGAAAUUGACAUAAAUAAUGAAAUAAAUAUGCAGUUAAUAAAUCAUAAUAACAAAAAUAAUAAUUUAAAUAUUUCUCCAAUGCCUUUACGUGGAAAUAAUAUGAAAAUAAUACAAGAAUCAGGAUAUAAUAGUGACAGUAAUGUUUUAAGUAAUCAUAGUUAUAUGAUAAAUGAAGAUGAUAAUUCUAAGAAAAUUAAUUCAAAAGUUAUUAAUUAUGAUAAUGAAAACAAGUUUAAAACGCGUAACAAUAGUAGUAAUAUUUAUUAUAAUAGUAACAAUCCUCAUAUUUAUAAAAAUAAUAUAAUGCAUAACAUAAAAAAUAAAAAUUCAAAAUUUAUAAAUGACAAAAUUACUAAAUACCAAAAUGAAACUAAAGAGCCAUUAUAUGAAGAUAUCAUAACAAAUCAUGAACAUGUGAAAAAUAACAGAGAUAAAAGUAUAAAUGAAAAUCAUAACAAAAUAGCAUAUCUUAAAAAAGCAAAUCUAAACAAUGUAACACCUCUAAAGGAAACAGACAAAACAAAUUUAAAAAAUCAAGAUAAUAACAGUUACUUCAAUAAAAAUAACAAUACAGAUAACAAAAAUACAAAAAAUAAUUUGACAAAUUUUCAAAUGAAUACUCAAAAUUUAACAAAUGAAAAUAAUAAUAUAGGUGUAAAUGAUUAUAGUAAUAAUAAUAAAUUGCCUAAUAGGUUAGAACAAAAUAUAAAUAAAAACAUAAAUAUGACAAGAAUAAAAGGUUUUAUGAAAGGAAUACAAAAUAACAAAGAAUUAUAUAAUAAUAAUUAUGUAAGUGAAAAUGCAAAUUUAAAAAAUCAAAAAAAUAGAAACAAUAAUGAAUAUAAUAAUUACAAUAAGCAAGUUACUAAUUAUGAUAAGUUUACAAAUUCUAAAAAUAUCCCACAUAACAACCAAGGAAAUAAUAACAAUAUAAUAGAGCAACUAGAUAAAACUUUAUUAAAUAAAUCAAUUAUGAUGAAUAAAAAUAAAAAAAAAAUUCAGAAAAAAUAA